CCGGCAGCCGCGUUUACAUGCCGCUGGUCUCGCAUGACCGACCAUAAACAUACAGAAACACUUCUUAAACACAUGUAAGGCGUCUGUCGGGUGGAUGGAGAGGGUGAGAGAACAUCGCAUGUGUAUUUGUGAAGAACUUCAGCGCCAUAUUAGAGGUAACAGCUGUGGCUCUUGUCUGACUGUCACUCACCUCCGCUUGAGUCAUUGAGUCUCACUGAAAGCACCAAUCACUCCUCAGAUCUUAGCUGAACAUCACAGGAUGGCACAGGCCGCUGCCAACGUCGCCCGGAGGAUAAACGAGACCAUAGAGGAGGGCAGAGACUGUUUAGAUCUGUCCGACUGUGACCUCAUCAGUUUCCCCGAAGGCGUCUUCAAAAUGCUGCGCAGCUGCACGGAUAACAUCCACAAAGUCAGUCUGGCCAACAACCAGCUCAAGUGCUUAGGCAACAAGUUUUUCCAUACCUUCUCACAGUUACAAGAUCUGGACGUGCAGGGUAACGUCCUCACCUCGCUGCCGGACUCUGUGGGUGAUAUGGAACAUCUGAUCACUAUCAACCUCUCCAGAAACAGACUGACGGUUUUCCCCGACAGCCUCUCGUGUGUCAAGAGUCUUCAGAACAUCAAUGUGGAGGGAAACCAGAUCACAGAACUGCCCAUGGAGAAACUCUCUCUCAUGUCAUCUCUGAAGAGUCUGGAUGUGAGGAGUAAUCCACUGACGACAGACACUGAAUCUGUCCCGCAUCACUUCAGCAUCCUGACCUGAGAGCAGCCCUCACACAGUCACAUCAACAUCUCGCUCUCUUUGUUUCGUCUUCAUGCAUGCUGUGCCUCUGAAAUUUUAAAUAAAAUAUUUAUUGACCCUG